AGUAAUCCGGCGGGGAAAGGGGGGGGGGGGUUAUCAGGGUAUUCCUGGGGUAGGGGUAACUAAGUGGGUCUCCGCGAUGCCAUUCCCCGGGACUGAGCCCCUGGCGCUGCUUCCACUUGCCGCCAGUUGCUCCUUGUCCUGAAGCCAAGCCGGGAGAGGCUCCGAGUGCUUCCCCCCCCCCCCGCCUCCUCCGGGGGCAGGGUCACUGAGGGGGUAAGGGCCACAUUUCACAAGCACCGGCUCAGGGGAUGUGUGGGGCCGCAGAUAGUUCACAGCUGAAAUAACGCACCUCGUCUUUAGCUCUUCACCUCCAGGAGGUAAUUCCAAUCCAUGAUGGGAGCUUUUCUGGACCGUCCCAAGACGGAGAAACAGAAUGAUCACGGUGAAGGGAAUGGGAUUCGAUAUGGGCUGUGCAGCAUGCAGGGCUGGCGUGUGGAGAUGGAGGAUGCUCACUCAGCUGUGCCAGAGUUACAGGACCAGCUGAAAAACUGGUCCUUUUUUGCCAUCUACGAUGGGCAUGCAGGGUCAGGGGUCGCCAAAUAUUGCGCCAAGAACCUCCUCCAGCACAUAACCAACAACCAGGAGUUCAAGGGGAUGAUUGAUGGUAGCAGUGAUUCACAAGCAGCUGUCCAGAGUGUGAAACGUGCCAUUAGGACUGGAUUCCUGAACAUUGAUGAACAUAUGCGAAACGACUCAGAGCUGGGGAACAAUGACAUGGACCGCAGUGGCUCGACAGCAGUGGCUCUCCUGGUCUCGCCCACGCACAUCUACUUUAUAAACUGCGGAGACUCCCGUGGUGUGCUGCAGCGGGAUCAGUCUGUGCACUUCUCCACUGAGGAUCACAAGCCAUGUAACCCACGUGAGAAAGAGAGGAUCCAAAACGCAGGGGGCAGUGUUAUGAUUCAGCGAGUCAAUGGCUCACUUGCUGUGUCCCGGGCCCUCGGGGAUUACGACUACAAGUGUGUGCAUGGGAAAGGUCCCACGGAGCAGCUGGUCUCUCCAGAACCAGAGGUCAUGGUCAUCGAGCGAUCCCAAGAUGAUGAGUUUGUCAUCUUGGCUUGUGAUGGCAUUUGGGAUGUAAUGAGCAAUGAGGAACUGUGUGCCUUUGUCCGAUCCAGACUCGAGCUGACUGACGACCUGGAGCAGAUCUGCAACCUGGUGGCAGACACUUGCCUGUACAAGGGGAGUCGGGACAACAUAAGCAUCGAGCUGGUGUGCUUUGAGAAUGCACCAAGACCCUCGGAGGAAGCGAAACAAAGGGAAGCCGAGCUUGACAGAUACCUGGAGAAACGAGUGAAAGAGUUGGUGACCACGUCUGGCCCGGAUGCUCCUCUGGGGUUACUGGACGUAAUGCAUACUCUGCUCAUCGAGAACAUUCCCAACUUGCCACCUGGGGGAGGCCUCAUCAGCAAACGGAAUGUAAUUGAAUCAGUUUAUAAUCGGCUGGUCCCUCCAAGCACUGAUGAGGAUUUGCAGGAACCCGAUGCCACGUUGUAACUUGAGGUUCCAGAUGCGUUGGGUAUGACUGAGGAACAAAAUGCAGAAAACACUCACCCCUGGAUUCUUUGUUUGAUGAACACUUGCACAUUGCA